UGGACUCUGGGCCCCGUCCCCAUUCAUUGCCGCUGCCGGCCGGGUGGGGGGUCCUGUCUCCUUGGGAGUCAUGGAGGCGCUGAUUCCUGUCAUUAACAAGCUCCAGGACGUCUUCAACACUGUGGGCGCCGACAUCAUCCAGCUGCCUCAGAUCGUAGUGGUGGGAACGCAGAGCAGUGGAAAGAGCUCAGUGCUAGAAAGCCUAGUGGGGAGGGACCUGCUUCCCAGAGGUACUGGUAUUGUCACUCGGAGACCUCUCAUUCUGCAGCUUGUCCAUGUUUCACCAGAAGAUAAGCGAAAAACAACAGGAGAAGAAAAUGACCCUGCCACAUGGAAAAACUCAAGACACCUUUCUAAAGGGGUUGAAGCAGAAGAAUGGGGUAAAUUUCUUCACACCAAAAAUAAGCUUUACACUGAUUUUGAUGAAAUUCGACAAGAAAUUGAAAAUGAAACAGAAAGAAUUUCAGGAAAUAAUAAGGGAGUCAGCCCUGAACCAAUUCAUCUUAAGAUUUUUUCACCCAAUGUUGUUAAUCUGACACUUGUGGAUUUGCCAGGAAUGACCAAGGUGCCUGUAGGUGAUCAACCUAAGGAUAUUGAACUACAAAUCAGAGAGCUCAUUCUUCGCUUUAUCAGUAAUCCAAAUUCCAUCAUCCUCGCUGUAACUGCUGCUAAUACAGAUAUGGCAACGUCAGAGGCCCUGAAAAUUUCAAGAGAGGUGGAUCCAGAUGGUAGAAGAACGUUAGCUGUAAUCACCAAACUUGAUCUCAUGGAUGCGGGUACUGAUGCCAUGGACGUAUUGAUGGGAAGGGUUAUACCAGUCAAACUUGGAAUAAUUGGAGUAGUUAACAGGAGCCAGCUAGAUAUUAACAAUAAGAAGAGUGUAAUUGAUUCAAUCCGUGAUGAAUAUGCUUUUCUUCAAAAGAAAUACCCAUCUCUGGCCAACAGGAAUGGAACAAAGUAUCUUGCUAGGACUCUUAACAGGUUAUUGAUGCAUCACAUCAGAGAUUGCCUACCAGAGUUGAAAACAAGAAUAAAUGUUCUAGCUGCUCAAUAUCAAUCUCUUCUAAAUAGCUACGGUGAACCUGUGGAUGAUAAAAGUGCUACUUUACUCCAGCUUAUUACCAAAUUUGCCACAGAAUAUUGUAACACUAUUGAAGGAACUGCAAAAUAUAUUGAAACUUCAGAGUUAUGUGGGGGUGCUAGAAUAUGCUAUAUUUUCCAUGAAACUUUUGGGCGGACCUUAGAAUCUGUUGACCCACUUGGUGGCCUUAAUACUAUUGACAUUUUGACUGCCAUUAGAAAUGCUACUGGUCCACGUCCUGCUUUAUUUGUGCCUGAGGUUUCAUUUGAAUUACUGGUCAAACGCCAAAUCAAACGUCUGGAAGAGCCUAGCCUCCGUUGUGUGGAACUGGUUCAUGAGGAAAUGCAAAGGAUCAUUCAGCACUGUAGUAAUUACAGUACACAGGAAUUGUUGCGGUUUCCUAAACUUCAUGAUGCCAUAGUUGAAGUAGUGACUUGUCUUCUUCGUAAAAGGUUGCCUGUUACAAAUGAGAUGGUUCAUAACUUGGUGGCAAUUGAAUUGGCUUAUAUCAACACAAAACAUCCAGACUUUGCUGAUGCUUGUGGGCUAAUGAAUAAUAAUAUAGAGGAACAAAGGAGAAACAGACUAGCAAGAGAAUUGCCUUCAGGUGUAUCACGAGAUAAGUCUUCUAAAGUUCCAAGUGCUUUGGCACCUGCCUCCCAGGAGCCCUCCCCUGCUGCUUCUGCUGAGGCUGAUGGCAAGUUAAUUCAGGAGAGCAGAAGAGAAACUAAAAAUGUUGCAUCUGGAAGUGGUGGGGUAGGAGAUGCUGUACAAGAACCAACAACAGGCAACUGGAGAGGAAUGUUGAAAACUUCAAAAGCUGAAGAAUUAUUAGCUGAAGAGAAAUCAAAACCAAUUCCAAUUUUGCCAGCCAGUCCACAAAAAGGCCAUGCUGUGAAUCUGCUGGAUGUGCCAGUUCCUGUUGCACGAAAAUUAUCUGCCCGUGAACAGCGAGACUGUGAAGUGAUUGAACGGCUUAUCAAAUCCUAUUUUCUUAUUGUCAGAAAGAAUAUUCAAGACAGUGUACCAAAAGCAGUAAUGCACUUUUUGGUUAAUCAUGUGAAAGAUACUCUUCAGAGUGAAUUAGUAGGACAACUGUAUAAAUCAUCCUUAUUGGAUGAUCUUCUGACUGAAUCUGAGGACAUGGCACAACGGAGGAAAGAAGCAGCUGAUAUGCUAAAGGCAUUACAAGGAGCCAGUCAAAUUAUUGCUGAAAUCCGAGAGACUCAUCUUUGGUGAAUAGAACUAGAUGAUACUAGAGACUCUGUUGACUCAAUUCAAUAGCUACUGCCUACUUCAGAAGAAUUUUAUUUAUGAACUCCUGUCUAUUACAGUGGUAUGAAUCUGCUCAUGUGAAGACUGGCUGUUAACUGAAAAAACGUACUCUGUUUUGCAGAACAAAUCAUAUAAUCCAAAUAAAUAAAUGGCUGUUUCUAAAGUUUUCCAGUAUAUAAAAAUAUAUCAAGUUAUCAAGUCUGUCUAUCACAGUUUCUGUUGAACAUGAAAAGAACUGUUGAUGUUCUUCUAGUAGUACAAGCAGUUUGCUGCCUGUGGAUAAGAUGACCUGUGUAAUCUUUGUUAGAUGAUCUGUCUUGAAUUUGCUGCCAUAGUCCU